CACUUCCCGACUUACAAGCCCACUUCCCCUCUUUCUCUCUCUCUCGUUCGCUUGCUCGAUCUCUAGCUAUGGACAUCGCCGGAAUCCACGUCGCCGAUGACUCAUCGCCGUCCAUCUUCAACCGCCUUCAAGUCUCCCUCCAAGUCGCCGAUGCCUCAUCGUCGUCCAUCUCCAACAGCCUUCAAGUCUCCCUCCAAUCCAUCCACGAUUCCUUUGAGUCCGGCGACUUCCGCCGUUCCGACGAGGCCAUCGCCUCCACCAUCGCCCUCCUUGACUCCACUGCCGAGUCCUUGUCUUCCGACGCUGAGGAAGCCCUCUCUUUUAUUCUCAGCUACCUUUCCUCCUCUUCUUCCAGCCAGAUGGUGGUGGAGGCGCUCUCGCUUGAGUUGCCGAAGGUGGUGGUGAGGCUCGCUGGUUUAUCGGAUGAAUGCCGUGCGAUUGCCGGCGCCAUUGUUGAUAGGUUGGUUUCGGUUUCCAGCGCCCGCGAGAUGCUUGUGGUCCUCUGUGAGGCGUUACAUUCCCAUAUCAAGGUUUCCAAAGCUCCGAUUGAUCACAUUCUACUUUUAAGCAGACUCCCAAAAGUAUUAAAUUGCACACAAAGACAUCAUGUGCAACAAGUAAAAGCGGCACUUCCUGCUGUUCUUGAAGUUCUGUAUGCUAUAUCUUCAGAAUCUGAUGAAGAAGAAGACUCUCUUUAUGACUUGUUUUGUGAAUCAAUUCUUGUUGGCAGGUCUAUCCAAGCACUAUGCCAAAAAUUGGAUGGAAGAAGGAAAGAGGAACUUUGUGCUAUUCUUGGUCUCUACGCAUUACAAAGCAUGGCAUUGAUAUCAAGAAGCAGACUAGCUCAUAAUACAUCAACUUGUGUAGAUGCUAUUAAGCAAGUUUCAGAAUUUCUUCUGUUUUGUGGUUUAUCUUAUGUUGAUCUUUUGGCUGGAACUGCUGUUGAUGCACUUAUAAGCAAGAUCUCAAUAGAGGAUGGUGACGAUUUCAUGACCUGCUUCUCUUUUAGCAUGAUUGGGGCAUCACUUGCAGUGAUGUGGGGCCAUAUCUUUGAAGAAGUUGCAAAAGCUGCUGGGGAAGAAAUCAUCGCUGCUCUGAACAUUCUACAGAAUGACAAUGCUAAAAGAUGGCAAGCUAUAGGCAUGUUCAAGCAUGUUCUUGCAUCAAUAGAUUACACUUGGGAAAUAAAACUUCAAUGUAUAGAAUUAUUAUCUAGUAUUCUGGAUGGAGGCAAUUCUGAUGAAUCUAGUGGUGAUGAAAUACAAUUCUCUUCCUUUAUGACUACUAUUUUUGCUGCUCUGCAAGGUAUUCAACAAUUUAUUAUUGGAGCUUCCAAAGCAUCAUCCAGGAAGAAAGCAUUUAACACAUUUCAAAAGGUACUUUCAGAUAUUCCAACUUCUUUCAGGUUGGACAUGCUAAAGGCGCUUAUUACAAACAGUAAUUCUCCCUCCAUGAUUGCAAUUCUAAUUGAUAUAGUAAGGAUGCAAAUGGUCAUUGAGAACAAUCAAGGUAACAAUUCAGCAAGAAAUCAAGAAAAAAAUCAGCAAAACAGAAUGAUCUGUUCACCAUUUUGGAGUUAUGGUGCCCUUGAAAUGGUGGAGUUGGUUCUAAGACCUCCCAAAGGAGGGCCUCCCACCCUUCCUGAGGAUAGUGAGGCGGUCCUGUCUGCUCUCAACUUGUAUAGAUUCAUAUUGAUUGCAGAAUCUACAGGAAAAACAAACCGCACCGGUGUGAUGUCGCCAAGUAAUUUGCGGAAGGCCUAUGAAAAGUGGCUUCUGCCUCUCAGGACACUGUUAUCAGGGAUUCAAUCUGAAAAUGCUGAGAAUGACAGUGAGCUUGCUGAUAACAUUCUCUGUGCCCUGAAUCCUGUUCAGUUUGUGUUGCACCGUUGCAUCGACUUAGUUGAAGAAUGCAUGAAAAGUCAAUCCUAAAUAAAUUAUCCUAAAACUACAUACUCAAGAACAAAAACAAAAACAAAAAAAAUGAGAAAAUUAUUGCUUCAAAGGGGUUCCUCAAAGUUGUCUUCAGGUGGAGCGCAAAAGAAUGCAGGGACAAGGAAGAGAAGCUCUGUGGCACGGUAAUGGUGACUAAAAUCCCUCCUCAAGAAUAUCUCAAGGGGUAUGAUAUCGAUGGACGAAGCACGGUGGCCAUGAAGCUUGCAAGCACAGUUGCGGUGGUAGGGCCGUAGAUCAAUCUCCGGGCUUGAAAAGGUGAUGCAUCCUGCGAAGAUACAUCGGAGAAUAAACAUUGUUAUUUUUAUAUUGUAGAAAGAGGGCUUCCGAGUUAUUGGCUUGGUUUGAUAGACAUUGGUAUUUGUAUACUUGCUGUUAUUGAGGCUUAGAGAAUAAUUUCAACCAUUCUUGUCACCUUAGAGUUGAGUUAUUUGAAUUAGUUUGCUGAGGUUUCCAGGUUUGUGUGAAUUGGAUGUAUUUGUUUAAAAGAGAAUAAAAAACACAAAAGAGUGUCUGAUUAUGUGAA